AUGGUCAAAAUCGCAAUCGCAGGCGGUGCAGGAAAUGUCGCAUCAGAAAUCGUCGAUGUCCUCGUAGCUACCGAGAAGCAUGAUAUCGUCAUUCUGACACGACGUGACAUCUCGACCAUUAAUCCAACGAUGAAUGUCAAAUUCGUGAAGACUGACUACGCCAACACCGAACAAUUGACCCAAAUUCUUCAAGGUGUACACACAGUGCUCUCUUUCAUCGCGCCCCAUCGCAACCAAGACGUGGCCAUCACCGUUCAGAAGAACCUCAUUAGUGCAUCCAUCCAAGCUGGUGUGAAACGUUUCGCCCCCAGUGAAUGGGAAGUGAAGCAGUUUGCGACCAAGAAUCGUGACUCCUCCGAGUCAUUGGAUCCAUAUCUCUACAAAGCCGCAACACGCACGUGCCUCGAGGAAGUCAACAAAGACACGAAAGUGCUGGAGUACUGCCUUUUCCAGCCAGGUCUGUUCACUAACUACCUCACCGCGCCAUACAAAUCGGCUACUCACUUGACCGCUUUCGAGACGCCGUUUGACUUUGAAAGGCGCAGGAUGCUCGUGGUUGAUGGAGGCGAGAACAGUAGGAUUACUUUCACGACGGUGCAGGAUCUCGCGCAUGUUGUUGCCAGAGCUGUUGAUUACGAAGGCGAAUGGCCGGUAGUAGGCGGGAUGGCCGGCACGACAAUGAGUGUUGGCGAACUCAUCGCGCUCGGUGAAAAGAUUCGUGGUACGUAUUGA